AUGAAACAGGGCAAGGAGAAACGCAUCCGCAUCCUCAGCGUGGAAGGGAACUUCCCUCCGGGGCGUGAAAUGCCCCGUCCAGGGCCGCAGGCUCCGCUCCGCGGGCAGCCGGACUCCGACUAUAUUUGCCCACGGUGUGAAUCUGGUUUUAUUGAAGAACUUCCCGAAGAGCCAAGGAACGCUGACAAUGAGACCAGCUCCUCUACGUCAGCCAGUGAUCAGAGCAGGCAUCCUUUUGAGAACGUGGAUCAGCACUUGUUCACCUUGCCACAGGGCUAUGGCCAAUUUGCCUUCGGGAUCUUUGAUGACAGCUUUGAGUUUCCAUUCGGGUCCAACGUGCAGUCGGAAGACAACAGGGACUCUGAGAACCGGAGGGAGCGAGAGCAUCAGUCUCGGCAUCGAUACGGCGCAAGGCAGCCCCGAGCCCGUCUCGCCACACGCCGUGCCGCUGGCAGGCACGAGGGAGUUCCCACACUAGAAGGAAUUAUCCAGCAGCUGGUCAAUGGAAUUAUUGCACCUACAACAAUACCAAACCUAGGACUAGGUCCUUGGGGAGUCUUGCAUUCAAACCCAAUGGACUACGCAUGGGGUGCCAACGGCUUGGAUGCAAUUAUUACACAGUUACUAAAUCAGUUUGAAAACACUGGACCACCGCCAGCAGACAAAGAAAAGAUCCAGGCCCUCCCCACCAUACAGAUCGCACAGGAACACGUAGAUUCUGGGUUAGAGUGUCCCGUGUGUAAAGAAGACUAUACAGUCGGUGAAAAUGUCCGACAGUUACCUUGCAAUCACCUAUUCCACAACAGCUGUAUAGUCCCCUGGCUGGAACAGCUCACCAAGUAACGAAAACUCAUCGAACAACUCAUGAAUCUUAAUCCAACCCUCUGUCCCUGGGGCCCUGUCCAUUGUCCUUCCUCCCUCCCCAGCCAACGUAAGCAACGAAAGGGGCUUCCAGAGCAGAGCGAGGGGAGGGUAGCAAGGGGGAAGCAGCGCCCCCAGAAUUCCCUUUUGAGUUCUGAAGACACGGAGACUCUGGGUCCUUCAGAGAUGAGAAGCCUCAAGUCCUGUGAUGGGGGGAAAGAGCUCUGUCUAUUAAUAAAAACAUCCAUUUGCCGCGUGGACUUUUAACCAUUGCAGUGAAAGGCUGCUGCGCUCCACAGAUGGGAAACCCGAGGUGCUGAGCUAGCGGUUGCAAUUCUGAAUGGAAAGGUUGUUUGUAUGGUUUUGAAUUUGAGAUUCCUUUCUUU